AUGCAAUCUAUUAGUCUUCAAUUUUAUAAAAUAAUAUUUACAACCAACAAAGAUAGAUAAAAAGAAUAAGAAGAAUUCAUAAUAAUAAGAACUUGUUGCUCUUUUAUUUAUGAUGUCCAUGUAACAAUAUACUUUAAAUAUCUUUUUGAGAAAGAAAACUAACUUUUAGAUAGCGAAUUUUUUGAAGUAGGAAGGUAUGAACCCGAAAAAUUUAUUGUUUAUUGUUGGGGAAAUUCAAACAGCUAUUAAUAUUACAUAUAUGCUGCCUUAUUUUAUGCAAGAAUUUAAAACAAUGAAGAUUUAAAAAAAUUUUAUCAGUUAGAAAGAUAAGAUAUGAUGAAAAUGUUUAAAUUUUCUUUAAAAGAACUUGAUAAACCAAUAGAAAGAGAGUCGGAAAUAUGUUUAGCCUUACUUAUAAAUAAGUAGACUCAAGCUAUGAAUAGUCAUCUUAUAAUUUUAGAUAAUAAAAAGUAUGUUUAGGAAAUAAAUUUAGAAGAAACACUUUAUGAGAACAUCUUUCUUCAAAAUUCUGAAAAUAAAAUUAUCAAAAUUAAUUUUGACUAGGAACUUUUGGAGUGCUCUAUUGGAUAAAAAUGUCUUAAAAGUUUUUAAUUUUAUACAUACAAGACUAUCUUUAAAAUAGAAUUUCUAAGAAAAAAUCGUUUUCAAAAUAAAAAAUUGAACAAGUUUUGA